AGCCUGCCUGCCUGAGUGCGGGUGGAAGGGUGUUCUCUCGCGCGCCCUGCUGCGAUGAGGACGGCGCGGCUCGAUUCUGUUGCUCUUCUGCGAGCUGCUGCGGCGAGUGUUGUCAGUGCGUCUCCGCGCCCGCGACGGUGUCACCGCGAUUAGACUCCGCUUCGCUUCGCUCUGUUUCGCUCGCUCGCUCGCCUGCCGUUCAGGCAUACAUCACACACACAUCUCGCGCGCGCGCGCGCGCGCGCGGGCGCACACGCGGAAUCGCAGGGGAGACAGAGACACACACCGGAGUCGUCUCGUCGUGGUGUCAUUGACUCAGGGCGAAGCGUCAAAAUCAGCCCGUGCCCAUUUUCUGCCACUCCUACCUCCUCCCCGUGCCGCCGCCGAGCGAUAUUAAAACGGUCCGCGAAUAAUUUUCGCCGCCCGGCGGUCUCACUCAAUCGUCGCUCGCGGAAGACUCCACUGAGGACGCAUACACACAACACACACAGGCGACCACGGAGCGGACAGGAGCGUGCAUGAUAUAUACAUUUUGAUGUUAAAAGCUGAAAGAUAUAAAUGAACAUAUAAUACUGUGACCAGUGUCUCAAGACCCUACCAAAUAUCAGAAUAGCCAUGUAUCCAAGAUACAUUUAAUUGAAUUUUAAUUGUGUGAUUAAUAUAUUUGGCGAGGGUGGAAAGUAAUGCCGGUGCAUCAGAUCAAUGUUAAUCCGCCUGAUUGGCAACCACCCCUAUCAAUUGGUCCUUCCAGUAAUACAAGUCCCGCCGGUGGAGAAGCUCUAUCGGAAUGGAUACCGCAGAAUUUUGCUUACGGGACAGUAGUUACUAUUAUACCAGAUGAUUGCCACUCAUCUGUGAGUACGUUAUCCUCGACCAACCAUGAUAUUUGCAGGAUCUGCCACUGCGAGGGUGAGGAAGGCGCCCCUUUAUUAGCGCCUUGCUACUGCAGCGGCAGUUUGCGUUACGUGCAUCAAGCUUGCCUUCAGCAAUGGAUAAAAGCCUCGGACACGCGCGCCUGCGAAUUAUGCAAGUUUACAUUCAUCAUGCACGCCAAGACAAAACCGUUUUGCGAGUGGGAGAAGCUCGAGAUGUCCGCGCUGGAGGUGCGGAAAUUAUGGUGCGCAGUCGCUUUUCACGCCGUGGCCGCGCUCUGCGUGGCAUGGUCUUUAUACGUGCUCGUGGAACGUUCCGUGGAGGAGGCCCGACGCGGAUUCGUCGACUGGUCUUUCUGGACCAAGCUGAUAGUCGUCGUGAUCGGUUCUACCGGCGGAUUAGUUUUUAUGUAUAUUCAAUGCAAAGCGUACAUUACAUUGUGCAGAAAGUGGCGAGCAUUUAAUAGGGUGAUAUUUAUUCAAAAUGCUCCCGAGAAAGUGGUGCUUCCUCCCUCACCUACGGACUCUCUAAGAGAAGUUACCCUACCCCUGAAGGACCCAACUGCCUCGAUGGCCGAGCUCAACCGCACCCUGUUACCCCGCACCAUAGAUCCUCCAUGUGCCUCGCAAAUGGCGAAGCCCGACGCUGCCGCGCCACCGCAGAGGCACGAUGCUCAACUGAAACUUUACGUAUUCGACAAAUUGUCCUCGUCGGAGGACAAUCUAUAAUACUACGGAGAGAGAGAAAGACGGGAAACGAAUGGCCGUCAAAGAUGUUGCGCGCGUCUGGUGAUUAGCUAAAUUUCUCGAUUGCAUGAGAUGAAGAAGCGCGUUCCCGGAAGACGAAACCGGAUGAUUUUUAGACUAUACGAUUUCGUAACUCGGAGCGACAUAAUCCCUGCCGAAAUCGUCAAAUAUCCGCCCUUAUGCAGCACCUUUUUUUUUCCUCCCCAAAACUUAGUACUUCAGUGCUUACAGUGUUGACAAGUGAGAUAGAGACGGAAGCGUACAGCCCGAGAAUGCUGACGCUUUCUUAUGUACAUAAUUAAUUGUAUCUGUGAUGUUAUUAAAUAAACUUUACCAUAU